AUGGCCACCGAGCCCGAGGUGCGCCAGUACCUCAGGCGCCUGCGCUUCAAGCGCCGCCUGGAGGGACCGCGUCUCGACUUGCGGCCGCGGGUUCGCGCCCCGACGGUGCUGCAGAAAAUUUUCAAACAGAGGAACCAGAAGCGGUCCACGUACUACGUCACCAGCGGCCGGCAAGAGCCCGACGAUGACGGCGGCGAGCAGAAGAAGGCCGAGGAGAAGGACAAGCCCUUCUGGGUGCCGCCGCCCGAGCACUUCGCGGCCUUCGUGGCCUUCCAGAGGGACAAGCAGCGCAAGGACCGGCAGAGGGAGCUCGCCCUCCCCGUGCACAAGAAGCACAAUGCGCACACGCGCCUCACGGCGGACCUGCUGCGCCGCCUGCACAUCCCCGAGGACCCGCCGCCCGUGGAGAAGACGAUGGUGGACAUGGACCCCGAGUUCUACACCAUGGUGGAGGGCCGGCCGAACCGCGACCGCGUCAGCGUGCGCGAGUACAUCGGCCACAUCCGCGACCUGGUGCGCGUCCGCCUCAAGAUCGGCUACAACGAGGACGAGUGCAUCCUGGUGGACGAGCAGUUUCGGCUGGAGAGCCAGCGCCUGGACCAGAUCCUGGCGCAGCAGAAGCAGUACGUCGACCUGUUCGACCAGUUCCUGGCCGAAGACCACGCCGCCUCCAUGGAGCUGCUCAAGAAGGCCGACCGGGCGGCCAAGGAGUCCGCCGACAAGGACUCUGAAAUCAAAGUGUGGAUACGGACCCUAGGGCUGAUGCGCACCAAGGUGUACCAACUGGAGGAGAAGUGGCGGGACGCGCGCGCGCUGCAGAAGUUCCUGUACCUGGUGAGCCCCAUGUCGUGGCGUCGGGAGCACGACCACCUCAACGGGUGCGUGGCCGCGGAGGGCUCGGAGGCCGCCGUCAGCGACAGGGCCGCGUCCGCCUCCUCCCCGGACGCCGUCUCCGGCAACGGGUCGGGCGACCGGCGGCACUCGGGCGCCACGCAGGCCACGCAGGCCACGCAGGCCACGCAGCAGUCGCUGCUGAGUCGGGACCAGCUGGACCGCGCCGCGUCCCUGCAGGACAUCAUCGACACCUUCGUCGAGGAGACGAAAGCCAGCCACCAGCCCAAGCUGUACUUCACGGAGCCCGAGCAGCUCGUCAAGGUGUUCCGGUCGCUGGCGGCGCAGAGCCUGGCCUCGCUGCUGCACAUCGAGCAGCUGCGGCUGCCGCUGGAGGCGCUGCAGGCCGGCGUGGCGCAGGCCAAGCAGCGCGUCGAGCAGGAGCUCCGGGUGCUGGAGGAGCAGGUGGAGGACCUGGAGAAGGACAUCGCGUGGGAGGAGGACCGCGUCAACCAGCUGCAGACGCACGCCGACCUCAUCAUCUCCACGGUGUACAAGGACAUCCUGACGGGCAGGGACAGCUCCAACGUGCUGACGCUGCGCGUGUGGGUGGAGGACCUGUACGAGCGCUGCGUCGCGCCCAACGACUCGCACCUCAACUCGUACCAGAUGAUGUGCGCGGUGGAGCGCGCCGUGGCCGCCGAGCUGCUGGCGCUGGACUACCUGGACCAGGGCCACGUCAAGCGCGCCCGCAAGCACGUCUACGUCGAGGAGCGCCUGCAGACCCGGAGCGCCAACGACGCGCAGAGGAAGCUUCAGCAACUGGAGCAGCUGGUGUACCGCAUGGAGCGCGCUCUGGAGCCGCCGCCGCCGCGAGGACGGCGUCGACUCGUGUUCCGGUCCGAGCCGCCCGAGCCGAAAAAGCCGCCGCCACCGCCACCCGAGAAGCUGAGCGAGGCCGAGCUGGACCGCAGGGCCUUCUUCGCGGACUGCAGCGAGGAGCUGGCGGACCGCCUGAGCAAGCUCACCUCCCCCGUGCCGCGGAGCCUGGCCAGCCUCGCCACCCGCGGCAGGGACUCCGCCUCCGCGCACAGCCUGGCUGCGCAGACGGGCGACUACGCCAAGGACGUCGUGUGGUCCGUCACCAAGCACUCGGGGAAAUAACGGUGACGGGGCAGCUAUGGCUCACUUCAGUAACUAACCCACCCUUCGAUCAAAUAGUAUUCUAAGAAUCUCCAAGCCGGAUUUGAGAGAGACCUUGGU